AUGGGGAGGCACUCCGAUAUAGGAGCCAUGGCCCAGCGAUAUAUCUUAGUGGCAGUUGGCCCCGAUCAAGAAGAUGACUUGGAGGUGGAGGGUGAUAUUGGGUUAGUCGAGGGCAUCCUGCUACCAGCCACUGAAGGGGGAGAAUCAGCAAUUUGUGGAUCCUACCGUCCAGUCAUCGAAGCUAAUCCGAUUAGGCUAGGUGAUCAUCGAAUCGGCUCAUGGAGAUUCGAAGUCCUUCAUCUCGUCCAGUCUUUUCAGACGUGUAAGGAAGACCUCAGCCUCAUAUUCCAUCAGGUUGAUACUCGAAUAGGCGUUGGAGUUUCGUACCUCCAGGUGUCCGCAUAUACCUUGGUGGCCAUCAGCGUCGACCGCUACAUGAAUAUCCUCUGGCCUCUCAAACCCAGGAUGUCCAAGAGCGCCGCUAAGUUCAUCAUGCUCUUCGUAUGGCUGGUCGCACUCCUCACUGCCUUACCGAUUCCCAUUGUGUCCACUCUUGAGCAGCCCUCUCCGUGGCACAAGCACUGCAAGAGGUAA